AUGGCAUCCGACAUUCUCUUCACUUCCGCGACCGUCAUCAGCGGCGACGAGGCCGCCGUGCCGCGGGUCGCCGACGUGCUCGUGUCCGGCGGCGUCGUGGCCCGGAUCGGGGCUCCGGGGUCCAUCGACGCCGAAGCCGGUCCGGCCCGGCGUGUCGAUGCCACCGGCCACGUCCUGUCGCCGGGUUUCAUCGACAUGCACGCCCACUCAGACCUGUACUUGCUGACGCACCCGGAGCACGAGGCCAAGAUCACGCAAGGAUGCACGACCGAGGUCGUUGGUCAGGAUGGCAUCUCGUACGCCCCCGUGCGCAGCGAAGAGCAGAUGCGCGCCAUUCGGGAGCAGAUCGCCGGCUGGAACGGUAACCCUUCCGACGGCGAAUGCGCCGCCGUGCCCCUGCGCGACGUCGGCAUGUUUGCGUGGCGCACGCUGGGUGAGUAUCUGGACUGCCUCGAGCGCAACCGCACCGCGACCAACGUGGCCGCGCUCGUACCCCAGGGCAACCUACGGCUGCUCGCCUGCGGGCCCUACGACACAGCGGCCAAGGUUGAAGAGAUUGAUGACCAGGUCAAGCUGCUUCGCGAGGCCAUGGACCAGGGUGCCGUGGGCAUGUCGAGCGGCUUGACGUACACGCCCGGCAUGUACGCGUCUACGUCGGAGCUCGCCGUGCUCUGCAAGGUGCUCGCGGACGAGUACCCGGGUGCCUUUUACGCACCGCACCACCGCAGCUACGGCUUCAAGGCCAUUGAGAGCUACGCAGAGAUGCUGGAGCUCGGCAAGACGACCGGCUGCCCUGUUCACCUGACGCACGCGACCUUGAACUUUUCCGAGAACAAGGGCCGCGCCCCUGAGCUCGUGUCCAUGGUCGAUGAGACCCUGGCCAAGGGCGUCGAUGUCACGCUCGACACGUAUCCGUACCUGCCCGGGUGCACGACCCUCGCCGCGCUGCUACCCAGCUGGGCGUCGUCGGGCGGACCGGCCGAGACGCUGAAGCGCCUCGAGGAUCCAGCAACCCGCGAAGAGAUUCGCGUCGCUGUCGAAGUCAAGGGCUGCGACGGCGGCCACGGCAUCCCGACGAACUGGGACGAGAUACAGGUUGGCUCGGCGAGCGACCCCAGCAUCGCGUCGUGGUCCGGGCGCCGCGUCGGCGAAGUGGCGCGCACCCUCGGCCGGCCGGCCAUUGACAUCUUCUUUGAGAUCCUGCGCAAGGACCGCCUGGCGACGAGCUGUCUCAUGCACGUUGGGCACGAGGAGAACGUGCAGCACAUUAUGCAGCACCGCGUGCACAUGGGAGGCAGCGACGCCAUCCUCCACGGCGAGACGCUGCACCCGCGCGCCUAUGGCACCUUUACGCGGUACUUGGGCCACUACUCGCGCGACCUGGGUCUCCUCAAGCUGCCCGACAUGAUUGCGCAUUUGACCUCUCGACCGGCCAAGCGCCUCGGCGUGUAUCCGCACCGCGGCUUGUUGGCUGAGGGGUCGGCGGCGGACCUGGUGCUCUUUGAUCCGGAGACGGUCAAGGAUAUGGCGACCUUUGAGGAGCCCAAGGUGCCGAGCCGCGGCAUUCGAUUCGUCCUCGUCAACGGCGAGGUGGCGGUCGACGAGGGCAAGAUGACGGGUGCGCGAGGCGGCAAGGUCCUGCGCAGGAAAGAGGGCAAGGUGUUAUAA